UGAAAUAAAGGAUUUUUUUGAAACACAAGGAAUGGUUCUUUCGAAAUUAGGGGAUAAGAAACUUCGGAGUUAUGAAAUGAAUCAAUGGAAAAAUUGGUUAAGAGGACAUUAUCAAUAUGAUUUAUCUGAGAUCAGAUGGUCUAGAUUAAUACCAGAAAAAUGGCGAAAUAGAGUUCAUCGGCGUCGUAUAAGCUAAAAAGGAAAAUUUAAGAAAAUGGCAUUCAUAUGAAAAAGACCAAUAAUUGAUUCCAAAAAAUAAAAAGAAUUUAAAGGAUAUUCAUUAUCUAAUCACAAAGAAAAUUUUCAAAAAUACUAUAGAUAUGAUCUUUUAUCAUAUAAAUUUCUUAAUUAUGAAAAUAAAACGGAAUGCUUUUUUUAUAGAUCUCCGUUUCAAGGAAAGGUCGAUAUUCUAUAUAUGAAAAAAAAGGCCGAUAGAAAAUAUUUUGACUGGAAAAUUAUUGAUUUUCAUCUUAGAAAAAAAGUCGAUAUUGAGGCCUGGAUCACGAUCGGUCCCAAUAGGAAUCAAAAUACUCAAAUUCGUACUAAUAUUUCUAAAAAAAUUCCGAAAAAAGAUCUUUUUUAUCUUAUGAUUCCAGAAAUCAAUCCACCAAACUCCCCAAAAGGAUUUUUGGAUUGGAUGGGAAUGAAUGAAAAAAUUCUAAAGCGUACCAGUUCGAAUCUCGAACUUUGGUUCUUCCCAGAAUUUAUGUUACUUUACAAUUCAUAUAAAACGAAACCCUGGUUUAUACCAAGCAAAUUACUUCUUUUAAAUUUGAAUCAGACUGAAAAUCAAAAUAGUAGUGAAAAUAAAAAGAUCAAUGAAAAGGAAAAAGGAAGUUUUUUGAUAGCAUCAAAUAAAAAACAGCGAAAUCAAGAAGAAAAAGAACCCACAAGCGGAAGAAAUCUUGGCCCCGCUCUCUCACAACAAAAAGAUAUUGAAGAAAAUGAUGCAAGAAAAUCAGACCUGAAAAAAGGGAAAAAGAAAAAAAGCAUCGCGGAAGCAGAACUAGAGUUGUUGCUGAAAGGUUAUUUGCUUUUUCAAUUGAGAUGGUACGGUACUUUGAAUGAAAGAAUGAUCGAUAAUAUCAAGGUAUAUUGUUUCCUCCUUAGACUGAUAGAUCCAAGAAAAAUGACUCUAUCCUCGAUUCAAACGAAAGAAAUGAGUUUACAGCUUCUGCUGAUGCAUAAGAAUUUAACUCUUACAGAAUUGAUGAAAAAGGGAGUAUUGAUUAUAGAACCCAUUCGUUUGUUUGGAAAAAAAGAUGGACAAUUUAUUAUGUAUCAAACCAUAGGUAUUUCGUUGGUUCAUAAGAAUAAGCACCAAACCAAUCUAAAAUACCAAGAGCAAAGAUAUCUUUCUAAGAAUCGUUUUGAUUUACUUGUUCCAGAAAAUAUUUUAUCGUUUAGACAUCGUAGAAAAUUGAGAAUUCUAAUUUGUGUCAAUUCAAAGAAUAGAAAUGAUGUAGAUAGAAAUUCAGUAUUUUGGAAUGGAAAGAACGUAAAAAACAGCAGCCAAGUUUCACAUGACAAUAGCCAUCUUGAUAGAGAGAAAAAUCCAUUAAUGAAAUUAAAGCUCUUUCUUUGGCCUAAUUUUCGAUUAGAAGAUUUAGCUUGUAUGAAUCGUUAUUGGUUUGAUACCAAUAAUGGCAGUCGUUUCAGUAUGUUAAGGAUACAGAUGUAUCCACGAUUGAAAAUUCGUGGAUAAUACACUUUUUCUAUCUAUCCUAUACCCUAUAUUAUAUAUAGGGUAUAUGAAAGCAAAGAAAUACAUAGAUCCCAUGUCUUGUCUGACAUUUCAUUCUAGUCUCC